CUCUUGACAGACAACACUGGUUCGCGGUUUUGCUCGCAGUUUCGACGAAGACACGCGUACGAUUGGAAGUGUUUCGCGCGCGCGGUCUCUCUGCCUCUGUACGAACGCAGAACCGCACGGAGGAAACAGUGAACAACCUAGCAAGCCAAGCCCCAUAGCAACAGCGUGCGUGUGUGUUUGUUGCUCUAAUCUCCUUAAACAGUGUGCAAUACAAAUAGCAAGUGACAGUGUCCUACUGCACCACGAAAAGCUUCGAGGCAAAGAAGAGUGCUCGCGGUGUUUUCGGCUAAUCUCCAGAACGGUGCCAUAAUUGUCCGCACGAAAUAAGAUGGCAGCAGUAGCAAGCACGGUACAGGAAAUGAAUGAUAGUGUAAGUGGUGGGAUGGUAGGAACGGCCAAAUCGUCGUCCACAGCAACAGUGCCAAUCAUUACGCUUCCGGGAGUGUUUCGAAGACGCAUCGAGAAUCUGAAGCACAAUAGUGAGUGUGAAAAUGAUGAGCAGCGCCACAACCAGACGCUACCGUCGUUUGCCGACGCCAAGAUGGCCGCCUCCGAUUCCGGCGUGUUCCUUUCGAUGCAGGACAUCGAUCGUGAUCCACCGGGUAGUGGAACUGGCAGUAUUAUUGGCAUGUCCCGCCUGGUGUCAAACGGAGGUGGCAGCUCUGGUGCUCGCUCCAAGGAGCCUACGCCUCGGUUGGACCGCGAUCGUUGUACGACGCUGGAAGCGAAUAAUAUCGGUGGCAAAGCAGCGGAACGUGAACUGCAGCGAAAGGUCGUGCAGGAAGAGGAAGACGAGCCCAGGGAUGGGAACGAUAACGGUGUAGAUAACGACGAUGAGGAGGAAGUCGGCAUAACGAUGCGACUGGGUAAGAAGAAGCCAGAGCUGCGACUGAUGAAGGAUCGCACCUGCCAGAGCCUGCCGGACGUGAACAGUCCACGACCGAAAGCGCUACCGAAGGUAGUGACCGCCUGUGAUAGCACCGACACGGAUGGGUUCGGUGAGGCCGAUGACGACGACGAAGACGACAACGAGAGCGACGUCAAUCAACUAUCCGCACCGGUACGACCUAGUGAUACGGGUGGCACAUCGGCAAUGGCUCCAAUAGUGGAGCAGCCGACCGGGAGUGGCAGCAGUGGUGAGGAAGAUACUGUCACUGCCGCCACUGCUACCGUGAUUCUCCCUGCUCCGAGCAAUCCGCUAGUGGGGCCACAGCUUCCCGCACCUGGGCCGCCGCCACUUGACCCGAACGUGCUGCAAGUGUUCGCCAUCGAUCCCAAACUAAUCAACAAGUACGAUGGAUUAGAGCAAACGCUUUACUACAUCGACGAAAACGGCAGUCCCAAGAUUCGCGAGAAGUACGCCCUCCAGCGCCAGUUGGCCGAAGAGAAGCGGCAACGCAAGCAGCAGAAGAAGCUCGAGCGAGCGGCCAAGUACGGUGGUUCGCUUGACGGAGAGCCACCGGUGCAGUGUUCCUGCUUCAGCUUUAGCCGAUUGUCCCGCAAACUCAAGGAGAUGUGUAAGGACGGUUCCAAAGUGACGACGGUUGUAGCUACACCCGGACAAGGUCCAGAUAGACCACAGGAAGUAUCAUACACAGAUACUAAGAUAAUUGGCAAUGGAAGCUUCGGCGUCGUCUUCCAGGCGAAACUCUGUGAUACGGGCGAGCUGGUCGCCAUCAAGAAGGUGUUACAGGACAAACGAUUUAAGAACCGUGAACUACAGAUCAUGCGACGACUAGAACACUGUAACAUCGUUAAGCUAAAGUACUUCUUCUACUCCAGUGGCGAAAAGCGUGAUGAUUUUCCCUUGGACAUGGGACUAUUCGCCGGUGCCUUGCAGUCGCAGAAAGACGAAGUUUAUCUGAACUUAGUGCUCGAAUAUAUCCCAGAAACGGUUUAUAAAGUCGCCCGUCACUAUGCUAAGAACAAAUUAACGAUACCUAUCAACUAUAUCCGAAUUUACAUGUAUCAAUUAUUCAGAAGUCUUGCUUACAUCCAUUCGCUCGGUAUCUGCCACCGUGACAUCAAACCACAGAACCUGCUGCUCAACCCGGAGACGGCAGUCCUGAAGCUGUGCGACUUUGGCAGCGCCAAGCAGCUGCUGGACGGUGAACCGAAUGUGUCGUACAUUUGCUCCAGAUAUUACCGAGCUCCGGAGUUGAUAUUCGGCGCCAUCAAUUACACCACCAAGAUCGACGUUUGGAGUGCGGGAUGCGUGCUAGCAGAGCUGCUGCUUGGACAACCGAUCUUCCCGGGCGAUUCGGGCGUCGACCAGCUGGUGGAAAUCAUCAAGGUUCUUGGCACUCCGACACGAGAACAGAUCAAAGAGAUGAAUCCCAACUACACGGAGUUCAAAUUCCCGCAGAUCAAAAGUCAUCCAUGGCAAAAGGUGUUCCGGACACGCACCCCACCGGAAGCAAUUGCACUGGUUUCCCGCCUGCUGGAGUACACACCGGGCACGAGAAUCACGCCGAUGCAGGCUUGCGCCCAUCCGUUCUUCAACGAACUGCGGGAAGGCAGCAAGUACCUACCGAAUGGUCGCGAGUUUCCGCCAUUAUUCAACUUCACCGAGCAAGAGCUUGCCAUUCAGCCGAGUCUGAACCUGAUUCUGAGGCCCAGAAACCAAAACGAGGCAGCAUCAAAGGCUGGCCAGUCGUCGAGCGGUUCGAUGGAAGGUGGCAGCGGAAGCAGUGGCAAUGGCGGCGCCGGUGUCGGCAGUUCGUCUGGCAGCGGUGUCGGCGGUAGCGGCGUCGGAGCUGGCGCCAGUAGCACGAGCGAUCCGACCAACCUGGCGCAGCAAUCGUGCAGUGGUGCAGCCGGUGGUGCCAGCGGUAGCGGCGUCGGAUCGGAUGACAUGACUGCCGCCAGUGGGGGCGAUGCGAACACCUGCCAGCCUACGGCAGCCACCUCCUCGAUGGGUUAGCUUUAAUCGUGUACGUUUCGAUCAUCCAACACAACAGCGAGCAGCGACGGUAGGCGAAACCCUGCAGGCGCACCCGCUAUGCUGCGGACGGCAAAGUUAGAAAGCAAAGAAUAUUAGUCCCGAGAGAAAAACGCCUCCGCGGAAGGGAGAUGUCCACAAGCAGAAAGAGCCGCCGGUAGAACAGGGGGCACGCAAAAUCAAUGAAAAGUGAACAGAAAAUUAAUAAUAGUAAAUAAAAUUGUGUGCGCGCGGCGUAGCAGUGUGCGUAGGCAGGCAGGCUCUAGGAUGAUAUGGGACGAUAUGAAACAAGCAAGAAAGCAUCCAACAUUCGGCCUGUGUUGUCGGACAUGGAAGACGAUAGGGAAGCAGGACUCUAGUGUGCAAACCGAAGAGACAGGAAGAAAGGAUACCGCGCACUCAACACGACACGGGAUAACGCAAUGUGUGUGUGUGUGCGCGCAGAGGAGUAAUAUGUGUGUGUGUAAAAGUUUAAUGUUAAAAUUAUUUUUAAUUAUUAUUUAAAGGAAAUCGUAUCCUCGGGUUGGAAUACAAUUAAUGUAUCGAUCGCCGAGCAGAAGAGAGAGUGAGGAAAAACCGAUGUGUGAAGCAAACAAACUGGAGAAUCGUUCGUAAUGGUGUCCGACGAAAACAAACAGAACAAACAGGUCGAAGAGCAAUGUGGUUUGUGUAGUCAAAAAAGAAAAAUGCUUCGAGCGAUCGCGUUUUGUUUCGUUGCAAAAUUGUUUAUACCUUUUCACCCCUUUUUUUACCUUCGAAUCAGUCUUCAGCGAUGUUUUAGAGCCAGUAGUAGAGGAAAGGAGGCGGCAGCAGAAAACAAAGGAGUGUGUGUAAAACCAUAUGAAACAGGUCUAUUUGGCGAUCGGCAAUGGAGUGUAGUGUGGAUUAGUGGUUGAAACAAAUGAAAACAGAAUUACCUCUGUUCUAGAAAAGCGUAAGCCAGCCACUCGUUCGUACACACCGAAUAAAACCAAUUUAAACAUAACAAUCAAGAAGACGACUACCACAACGGCUGCUGCUGCUGCUGCUGCAACACGCUCACCGCCUUUUGAGAGCUGAGUUUCGAACUGAAUGACGCGCGCGACGUGUAUUGCAUUGCGAUGAAUUGUAAGUACAUUUAUUCGCAACAGAUAGAGGAGAAUAUCUACGAAAUCAAACCAUAGGGCGCCCUCCCUCCCUCUGUAUCUGUCUGCAAAAGGAUAUGGGAAAAAGUUUAAUAAGGAAUCAUUUCCCACCCCCCUUUGCACCACUGUUGUAAAACCUCAACCUUCAGUGUAAUGUCUUCUGGUCGAGCUGUCUGUCCGGAAGAAUUGAUUUGCAAGAGCUAUGGUUAUAGCUAUAGCUAUAGAUUUAUGUUAGAUUUAUGCUUAACACGAUAGUCAAAUGCUGCUCACUAGCAAGAGCAGCGGGGGUUCAGGACUUGAUUCUAAAUAGUAAGCCUGGAAUCGUCUACGAAAGUCACCGGAAAUAGCCCUUAUCACACAGCCUAUCACACAAACACAAGCAUACUUUCAAAGAUACGAUACGCGGGGAGACGUUCCGUUUCAAUCACAGAUAGGCGCAACCUAGACAGAGGUUAGCAGAGAGCUCCUUUUUGUUUGUUUGUUCGCUCUUGCACUUCGGUUUGCUGAAAGUGGCGAAAUAUUUAAUUUUGUAGAGCAUUAUUGUUCUGAUCCACAACAGCGGCGUGUUUAAACGAAAGCGAGAGUCCUUUCACAUAAUAAACCAAUAUUCUAAGCCACAACAACCAUGUGUGUGUGCGUGUUCGUGCGUGCGGGGAGCGCCAGUAGGAAGAAUAAAGUAUAUAAAGUAUAUAUAUAGCUAAAAUCAUACCAACGCAGAAGCAACCAAGAAAGAAUGCUACAACUCCUCGGAGUGUUUUGCAAACAGAUGUGCAAUGAAGGGCAAUCUUUUGGCCGGUUUUUGUUGUUCUAGUUGUGUUUUACUUUUCGCAAAGGUUUGUCCCUCGUAGGUAAAGGGAGGAUUGGAUUGCACGAGAGGGUGGGGCGAAUACAAAUACCCUCAAGCAGAUGGAAGUCUCCCUGCCCGGACUGAAACGAGAAAUAGAGUAAAAGGCAUUACAAUCGUCUCCCCGCACACACACCAACAUGGUCCUUGUACAUUACAAUAGCGCUUACACGCUUUACUGGUCAUGAAGUCAUUCGCUGCAUCAUGGGAAUGAUUUCGCAAGGCUAACGACAGCGUGUUGUGGUCGGAGAUUUGGUUUUUAACCGGUAAGACAAAUCAUUAACACACACACGGGCACGGCAUGAGAUCGGAUGCGUAUUGUGGUUGAUGUGUUUGUAUCAAGCGACAGAGAAAGAUUUAAUCAUUGUAUAAAGCGACUCUACUCAAUAGUCUCUCCCGUCGGAACAUAUGUAAUACCGUAGAUAAGCUGCCAGUGAGUGCUGUGCGGCACAAAACUGUAGCAAAACCCCCACGACACAUCAAUACCGAAUUGAGUGUGUGUGUGUCAGUGUGCAUUGUUAAUGGCUGUUUGUCUCUUAUAUUUUUCACGUGUCUUGUACAGAGGAAGCGGAAAAGGGCGUUUUCCGGUGAAUGAUUCCUUUCUUUUUGUUUCUUUGUUUGUGACUCGUGGGUUCUCGCGGGAAGAAGGGUAUGGGGAAGACCAGUUUGCUAAACAAGGCCGUGAACGGGCGCGAAAGAUUAAAAUUGAUUUUUCAUUGCUGGACAGAAGACAGUUAGAUGGUAAAUAUAGACAACGGUAACUGGACAGAACAUAUGGCAUAUAAAUAUAUAAAUAAAUACAAAAGGUGAGAUAGCGGAAACACACAUAAACAGACACACGUAAGUGGUGGAAGAAAUGCUGCCAGCGUAGGGCGGCAACAUGAGAAAGUGUUUGCAGAUCGAUGGGACACAGUAUAUGUUUAAUCAAAGCUGAUAAAUUAUGAUUUUAAAUGGAAGAAAAUUAAAGAAAAAUACACACAAACACAUCCGUAAGCUGAGGCGACGAUGGGAGCAGUAAAACAAAGUAAAACAAAAGAAAAAAAGAAACACUUACAUACUAGAGAGAAAGAGAGAUAAAACACAGUAAGACGUAUAUGAGUAAAAUCUUUGUAGUAUAUAUAUAUAUAAAUAUAUAUAAAUAUAAUUAAUAAAAAUGGCAAGGAAAAUAUACAUACCACAGCUAUAAGAGUAAUUUAACGGCAUCAGCCGCGAAUUCAUUAGCGGCAAAGUUGAUGUGGAAAUCUGGUUGAAUUAUUAAUAUAUUUCACUCUUGACGCAUGCUAAGUAAACAGAGCGAAAGAGAGAGAGAGAGAGACCGGGGCUAAAUAAUGUAUGAUUUUUUAUGUUUUUGGGGUCGUAUGUGUUCUGGACUUCUUCGGCCCAGAGGCUCUUCAAGCAAGUUGGUUCUCAAUCGUUGCCCCACGGUGGCAAUAAAUGCGGUUUAAUCUUCCGUGUCCGUGCAGUUCGAGUGUUUAGGGAAGUGUUUCGUUUUGUUUCGUUUGUUUCGUUCGAGCCCCCGGUUGGAGUGGCAAUAAAAAUCGGACAGUAACACGAUAAAGAUUGCAAAAGAUUUUUAUUUAUAGACCUAUAUUAGUCACCUCUAUUGCUCUUAUUUAAAUAAUGCAAUCCAACAAAUUAGAAAGCAGAACAUAACACGAUUAGAGCAAAGAAAACAAAAAGAAAACAAAACAAAACACAAACUAGGGGGAGAAACAAGAUGGUAAAAAAUCAGCUAUAACAUUUCACUUAUACUCACAAGAACGUUUAAUAGUAAUCAACCACUCUCAACUAGCAAAAGACUUGAUAAAAGAGACAUGGGAAUGAUGUGCGAGGUGCAAAAAAAUUGUAGCAUAAUUUUCCGAGCAAAUCAGAGACGAGAUCAGCCGGGACGGACGAGUACGCAGUGCUGGCAUAUAGCAUAUAGCAGGAACUAAAUGGAACACAAAACACUUUGCAACACAUAAGCAUGAAAAUGAUGCCACUUAACACACGCAAACACGAAUAGUCUGUUUCCCAAAUGUUAUAGUAAAAACCCACACAAACACACAAGUUUAGCACACUACGGAAAAGCAAAAACGCAAAGGAGAACACCAAAUUUGGGAGUAAAAUUUGCCGUUAAAUUAUCCUCUAACACACACAUACACAAACACAAUAUAACACAAGUUCUUAGUACGUUCUCUAGCAGAGUAUGUAAGUGAAAAGAAGGCACCUUUCGAAGGACUAAUGGAACUUUUUGCAAUCCUAAUACCAUACCAGUCAUGUCUCCCCACACUUUUUAUGUCCAGGCAAAGCGAAACAGCAGCAAAACACAGAAAUGCAACAGUUGUGUGCAAACCAUAUUAAAAAAAGUGCAUUGUUAGAAACAAACAAAACGAAGAAAAGUUGAAAAAUAAAUUGAAAAAGUGACGAAUAAAAUUGAAAACGAGAAAAAAGGAAAAGCAAAGAAAAGAAAACCACUCAAAGAUAAAGAUGUAAGUAAAAUCUAUACAAUGCUAUACAAAAACCAACAAACAAACAAACAAACAAAACCCCCUAUGAUAUACUCCUUUAGAUUCAAUCUACUACACUGUGUCUGUGUAGGCGCGUGUAGAGAUGUUCGAAUUGGUGGAGUUGCAUAAAAGAGUGUUUUUUUUAUAUAUACUUUUGUUCUGAAUAUGUUUUUUUAUCUCUAAGCCAAUGGUGGUGAUCAUAGGGUACGGUUCGUAGUAUCCUUUAUAUAUGUGUGUGUUUUCUAAGUUUGUUUAUUUGUUGUCGCUCUUUUCAUUUAUUUAAUAUUCAUUUUUAAAGAAAAUGUUGAGAAAAGGGCUUGUUUCUUUUGUUUAUUUGCUAAAGUCUUAAUUUUUAUUGUAAUUUAGUGAACCUCAAUUGUUUGUUGUUUAUAUGUGCGUCCAGGUCCGUAAAGCCGAAUUUUAUUCCGAUACAAAUUAGAGAAAAAACAAGGACAAAAAGCACUUGUGGCACUUGUGGGGUGUGUUUCGUAGGGAAAACAAUAUUAAUACGGAUCGCUCUUAUCAUAAUCAUAUCCUGCUGCUGGAAUGGAUAUACAUACAUAUAUACAUGUAGUUCGGUAGCGGAACAAUGGAGCAAGAGAAGGAUUUUAUAUUUUCCUUUCGAACAGUCGAGAUAUCUAUAUACCAGCACCGAAUGUCCGUCGUACGUACGGUGUGUCUUUCCGAUCUCAGUAGCAUAGACCAUUAGUAGCAGUUGGAAGAAAGACACGCCAAAGCCCCACGUUACGCGUAACCGAAUGGAGAAGAAAUGAUCAAACCCAAAUAAAAGAAGGGUCCCCAACAACAGCAAGACGAGUUCUUGCUCCAAGUAGUAAAAUCUAUUGUUCAACCGAAAGGCGGAACACACGCACACUGAGAGCUGUUUGUUAAUGUACGAGCAUAGUAAGAUACAUGCACCACACAGACACACCACCAGAACACACACACAAUACAAUGAAGUUCGAACGAUAUUACGGAUUAUGCUACAAAGGGAAAAACAGAAACAAUAGCUUAGCACCAAAAUCCUUGUAGCCACGUGUUGUUAGCGGUAACGGUGUUGAUUGUGUGUAUGUGUGUGUGUGUGUUGUUUUGGUACAAGUGUGGUACCGCGUUUUGCUGUUAGUUUGAUUUUGAAAUUUCGAAAGGAAUUCAAUUAAAAAAUACAAAGGACAACAACACACGCGCAAACGCACGCACACAUAAAACACUAUCCGGAUUACUAGAUUGUAGAAGGCGCACCCUGUGAACAACGUGGUAAAGCAGUGCUUAGUGUAGAUCAGAAGAAGCAAAGGAGCGAGACAGAAGAGUACGAUCUCGUUUCCAUACUUACACAAAAUGUGGAUGUGUGUAGUAGGCAAUGGUGCAAAUAUGCCGAUGUAUGAGUUGAAUAUAAAUAGUAGGAAAAUAGCAUCCAUAAAGCAGUGCAAGCAGUGUAUCACAAUCAGCAAAACCAAAAAACAAGGAAAAUCACUCAAACGCACGCACACCCUUCUAACAAAAAUAGUAUACUUGUGUUUGUGUAUUGAAGAAAAGGAGAAUAGUAAUAGCCGGCCGUGAGUCCUUUCGAUCAGGCGAACAGUGAAUGAACCAUAACCAGAGAUCAGAGUGUGCUUGAGUCUCAUCUCGGCUACUAAUGCUGACUUGAGGUACUUAAAGCCAUCUCUUACUAAAAUAGCGACUAAACGCUCUGCUACUAAGGAAGGAAACAAUAGCGGAUGUCCUUUUCCAUGCUACAGGCACUCAUCACUCAUACACGCGCAGGCACUCACACACAAGCAAACUAUAACAAUGAAAGGAAUUUGCAGUUCAAAUACAAUAGCUAAAGAAAAUUCAUUCUAACGAGCGUGAGCCAGGACGAAAAACAGAUAGCAAACUGAAAGCUGUUGCUAUGGUUUUCCCGGUUGGUUUUUCGCUUCACUAUUUAACAAAGGAGCUUUGAUGAUGGUAUUAACCUUUCCUUCUAUUUCUCUCUCUCUUUCCCUCGCUCGAAUAGAGUUGCGAGUUGCGAAUUUUAUCAGUAGAAAAGAGUGAUGUUUUGGCAAAAAUCAAACAGUUGUUGUUAUUUUUACACACAUACACACUCCCAUACAACAGUUGAUAAUCGCAGUGUGCGUGUGCCUGUCCUGUGAGUGCUUGUUAACGCGCAUGUAUCUUUGUGGUUGUUUAGUUUCAUCUUCUUCUCUCUAGCAACAGUAGCGUUUAAAUGGCUUCUUCCUCUAGCUGAAGAAGGCGAAGAAAACGAAGAAACAGCCAGAGAAAAAAGUAAAAAAAAGUUCUAAAAAACCAUCUAAAAGUAAAAAGGACCAGAACAGUAAAAUGAAAAACAAAACAAAGCAAAAAACGCUCAAACCGCACGUGGAAAGCGAAGCAAAAAAAAAAACAAAAAAGAAAAAUUUAAAUUUGUAGCAGUAGCGGUUAAACACACUGUGAAGGUCGAUUGCGUUUGGUGGGUUUUUUUUAGUUUUUAGUUAACUAAAGGGAGAAAAAAACAGACAAAAUAAGGUAGCACCGAGCUGAGAGAAAAAAAAAAACAAAAAAAAACUACUUAAAACAAUGAAAAACCCAAACAAAAGUAUGUAUGCGAAAUCUUCUGUUAGAUAUGAUCGUCAGACACGUACAGUCACACAAACACUUUUAUAUAUAUAAAAACUAAGUUUCCAGUUUUCCGUACCCAGUAAAAACAAACAGCUCUUUUUGUGUAAGAAUUGAACGGUGAGAUUUACGGUGAGAACAAAACCGAAACGAAAAAACAAAAGAAAAAAGGAACAAUAUAGAAAGGAACAGUAAGUUUGUUCAUUUCCUCCAAACUCACUUCUACAACCGCUCCAUUACUCUUCUUGAAUCGGUUUAUUUUUAUACAUUUACCUCUACCGGAACUUGAUUCAAGCUAGUAAAAUGACUAAGUAAAUGAAUGAAUGAUAGAGAGACCGGUACUAGAACCAGUAUCUAAGUACAACACGCACGCACGCAUUAUUUGGGUUACGAGCGAAUGGGGGAAAAGUGUGGGAUGGAGAAUGGGAAACAGAGGAAGCAAAAGACCCGAUUGCGAAACAGCAAACAAACACCCAGAAAAGUCGAAAAAAGCAAAUGGGAAAAUGGGAAAAAAGGGAAGAAUGCAUGAAGAAUAAAACAGAUAAGCAAAUAAACGAUUCAUUAUGCAAGUUGAGAUGAAGAGGAGCAAAGAUGAUGCCGCUCGGAACAAAACGCAUCGAUCGAACAUCGUACGAUAGUGGCUAACAAUGGGAAAGGGACUAGUGGAAGGGACGGGUGGAAAACCAGGGUUAUGAGGGUUGAAGGUGAACGGCAAAAAAGGGUGAAAAACAAAGGGCGAGCGUGAAUCAGUUUUGUAAAAACGUGUAUGUUUGUUAUAGCUUAUAGUAAAGUCGAAGAAAGAGAAACGAUAGUGCGUAUAUGUGGUUCAAGGGCAGAAAAAGGUCAUCCGACUGGUGAUGUCUGGUGCGUUGGUGUGAUCUACUAACAUUCUAGGUCCGCCAAGCACUCGCAGCAUCGUCGAGGAGUAUGUCGGUGAUCGGUGAAGAAGGAUUCGAAGAACAAAAGGGAAUAAACGAACAGUAUCGCUAUUAACAAGAUAGGAAUGGACUUAAGGUAAUAUGGCAUUGAGCGUAACAGAUAAUUGCAAUAAAUGUUAUAACGAAAAAA